UGACGCGAUCACCUGUGCGUACGGAAGUGACAGCCCAGCUGGUGGUGCUUCUUCGUGCCAACUGUCUUGCUACGUGUCAUGUACGCAAAUCUCAUUUGUACGAGCGAAAUUGACGUUCGGUGCGGCAUUUCCGGACUUGUUUCUCGUAUCUGUUCGCGUUGCGAGUGAAGUACAAGUGGGAAAAACAUGCGGCAGUUAAAGGGAAAGACGAAAGAGACAAACAAACAGAAGAAAGAACGAAAAAAGGAAUUUCUGGAGAAUAAGCAGAGAGUGUUCACAAUUGUAUUGCCCACUAUAGCUGCAAUAUUUGUGAUAAUAGCAGCGUACAUUUAUGUUAAAACCCGUCCAAAACUGGUUGAAUACUAGUGAUACAUGCAUAUUUGUCAUUCAUUUAUUAAAAACAAGAUAUGUGCUAUAUUUGAACAAUGCAUUAUAACAAUGCUAUAUUUGGAUAAUUUCUCAUUACAUUUUUAUGGAUCUAUAAAAGUUUUUCUAAAAAGAGGCACAUUCCACUGUUCUCUUUAAAUCUUAUACCUAAAUCAUAUUGGAAACAAGAUAUGUUUUGCAAAUAUCAAUUUGAUUUGAUAAGGAGAUUUAUAAAGCUGAGAAUAUUACAUAAUAUUAAGAUGUAAUUAUGGAAUAAGGUAUAAGAGGGGCAAUAUUUUUUACAAAAGUAUUAUAUGAGAAGAAUUAGUUAAUUUAUACAUUGCAUUUUUCUAAUAAAUAAUAAAAUUGAUUAACGUCGAAUAAUA